CUGGGUUCCUGGGAGAGUGGCCUGCACCCUGAGCACUGACCCUGGGUCUGUGAGGGGGCCUGCGGUGCCCAGGGCUACUCCCAACCUGCAUAGUUUUAGGCCAUGACAAGGCAGAGGCUGAAAUUCAGGGGCCCAAGGGCCAGGGAUGCCUGAGGUGGAAGUUGGUAGCUCCCUGCCUACACCAACACAAGCCUGGUGGCUCCCUGCCUGGGAAGGGGAUAUCCUGUAGGCCCCUCUCUAGGCCAGGUGGGGCCACGGGGCUAGGAGGAACGGGAGCCUCUUGGGACGCUGGGACCAGCUGGUGCCCGCAGCCCCACUACCUGCCCUCCCACUGCUCUUGCCGGUGAGGGUGAUGGAAAACCCCAGCCCAGCCACCGCCCUGGGCAGGGCCCUCUGGGCUCUCCUCCUGGCCACACUCGGCUCCACCUCUGGCCAGCCUUUUGGAGGAGAUUCCGUCUGCACAGCUAGAGCCCUAGCCAAAUACAGCAUCACCUUUACGGGCAAGUGGAGCCAGACAGCCUUCCCCAAGCAGUACCCGCUAUUCCGGCCCCCAGCACAGUGGUCUUCCCUUUUGGGGGCCGCACACAGCUCUGACUAUAGUAUGUGGAGGAAGAACCAGUAUGUCAGCAACGGGCUGCGGGACUUUGCAGAACGUGGAGAAGCCUGGGCUCUGAUGAGGGAGAUUGAGGCUGCCGGGGAGAAGCUCCAGAGUGUGCACGGGGUGUUUGCAGCCCCGGCCGUUCCCAGUGGCACCGGGCAGACCUCCACGGAGUUGGAGGUCCACUCCAGGCACUCGCUGGUGUCCUUCGUGGUGCGCAUCGUCCCCAGCCCCGACUGGUUUGUGGGCAUCGACAGUCUGGACCUGUGCGAGGGAGACCACUGGAAGGAGCAGGUGGCCCUGGAUUUGUACCCAUAUGACGCCGGGACAGACAGCGGCUUCACCUUCUCCUCCCCCAACUUUGCCACCAUCCCGCAGGACACGGUGACUGAGAUAACAUCCUCCUCGCCCAGUCACCCUGCAAAUUCCUUCUACUACCCACGGCUGAAGUCCUUGCCUCCCAUCGCCAGGGUGACCCUGGUACAGCUCCGGCAGGGCCCGAGGGCCUUUGUGCCCCCCACCCUGGGCCUGGCCAGCAGGGACAACGAGAUUGUCGACAGCCUCUCAGGUCCAGAGACGCCACUGGACUGUGAGGUCUCCCUGUGGUCAUCCUGGGGGCUGUGCACAGGCCCCUGUGGGAAGCUAGGAGCCAAGACCAGAACGCGUUAUGUCCGAGUGCAACCUGCCAACGAUGGGACCCCCUGCCCCGAGCUCAAAGAAGAGGCCGAGUGUGUCCCUGAUAACUGUGUCUAAGACCAGAGCCCUGCAGCCCCCAGGACCCCUUGAACCUUGGGGUGAUUGGGUCUUGGGUGCAGGGAGGAGAGGUCUGGGAACAGACCUUGUUCAGCCUCUCCCUUAGGACUCCUCAAGGGGCUGCUGUAAACUGUGUCCCACUGUAAUUUAUUGCCGCCUGUGAGGCUGCCUUCCUGCAGACAGCACCUGCACCAGCACCCAGAUAAGAUGACCCUCCUGGUGCAGGUGCAGGCACCCAUGUGGCAGUGAGAUAUCUCAGGACUGGCACCAGAUCCAAGCGGGGCAGCAGCAUCAGACCUGAAAACACAAGGCAGUUUCAGGAACGUGACAUGGCAUUUUCAUGUUACUGAUCUCUUUAUGUUUGAAUAAAGAACUAU